AUGAAUUUGUUCUCAGGUUUCACAAUGGCGGCCCAAUCUUCCACUGUUUUCCAUUACCUCGAUAUCGGCCGAAUGGGUCGCGGCGACGUCGUGAAUCUCUUUCUAAAAGAUGCAGGAAUCGAGUAUCAGGAUAUUCGGUACUCGUACCCCGGUGAAAUAUGGCAAAACACUAGCGAUGAGUUGAAGCGCCGGGGCCUGACAAGGACCGGAAAACUGCCUGCGCACAUCCCCACGUUGCGCUACCUCGCUGGUGACCUUGGUCGCUAUGAUGGAGAAACAAGUUGGGAGAAAUAUGUUGUAGACGCGGUGUCAGAUAUUUACAUUGACUGGAGAUUCAAAUGGGUUACAAACCUAGGAAACUCAACAGAGGAGUAUAAGAAUGACACUGCUCCAACGUGUUACGACGUAUUAGCUCAGUAUUACGCUGAGUCUGAGGGUCCUUACUUGUUGGGCGACAAAAUCACUUAA